AUUUACUGAAUGUAUGUUUGAGUUGUGUUUUAGUCAUUCAGUCAUUGCUUCACACAUUGAGUCCACUCUAACGACCAUUCAUUCACUCAUUAAUCGCUUAUUUGUGUGCAAUUAGUGGACAUUUUUGACUCAUUUGUGCGCAAACUGUGUGUCUAUUGAGUGGUUUUGGACACCAAAUGCUCGCUGAGAAUGUCGUCUUCAGUCUCGUACCACAUCUCCAACCUCUUGGAAAAGAUGACGUCGACCGACAAGGACUUCCGCUUCAUGGCCACCAACGACCUGAUGUGCGAACUCCAGAAGGACUCCAUUAAACUGGACGACGACUGCGAGAAGAAAGUGGUUCGGAUGCUCCUCAAGCUCUUGGACGACAAGAACGGAGAGGUGCAGAACCUGGCCGUCAAGUGCUUGGGUCCGCUCGUCAACAAAGUGAAGGAGAUUCAGGUCGAGACCAUUGUGGACACCCUCUGCUCCAACAUGAUCUCCAACAACGAGCAGCUGCGCGAUAUCUCCAGCAUUGGGCUCAAGACAGUCAUCUGCGAGCUGUCGCCCCACUCGACGGCGUUGGUGUCCACCAUCUGCAAGAAGAUCACCGGCCGGCUUGCGAACGCCAUCUCACAGCACGACGAUAUGGGUAUACGUCUGGAAGCGCUUGAGAUACUGUCGGACCUACUGAACCGAUUCGGCAGUCUUUUGGUCUCAUUUCACGCCAACAUUCAGGACUCACUCAUUCCGCAGCUGUUGUGCCAACGGCUGGCCGUCCGCAAGCGGGCCAUCACUGCCCUCUCGUACCUAACGAUGUGUUGUUCGCAGGCGUUGUAUAACAGAGUCAUUGAGUUUCUCAUCGAAGAGUUAUCCGCAAACGUCAGUGACAUCAACAACGCCAAGACAUACAUCCAAUGCAUUACAGCCAUCAGCCGGCAGUCGGGCCACCGGUUCGGCGAACAUCUCGAGCGAGUGAUGCCUUUAAUCAGUCGUUUCGCGUAUCUGGAGGUGAAGGACAAGAAGCAGGAGGACGGCGACGAACUCAAGGAAGUGUGUCUUCAGGCGUUCGAGUCGUUUGUGCGGAGAUGUCCUAAAGAGAUAUCAACACACGUGCCGACUAUCACAAACGUUUGCCUCAAAUACUUAUCUUAUGACCCGAACUAUAACUACGAUUCCGACGGCAACGACGACGAGGACAUGGAAAUGGAUAACGAGGACGAAGAGGCCGACACCGACGGCUCGUACAGCGACGACGACGACAUGAGUUGGAAAGUGAGACGCGCGUCGGCCAAGACGUUGGAGGCGUUGAUAUCGACGCGACACGAACUCAUUGCCGACUUCUAUCGCAAAGUGUCACCGGAAUUGAUCCAAAGAUAUAAAGAGCGCGAGGAGAACGUAAAGGUCGACAUAUUUAACGCAUACAUAGCGCUACUGAAACAGACGCGAACACUGGUGGGUAGUGGUGGUGGUGGCGGCGGUGGGGGGACCGGCGGAUGCGACAACUCGUCGGAGUACUCGUCGCACAUCUCGACGAUAGUUCGAGAACAGGUGCCUUCGAUAGUGAAGUCUCUGCACAAACAGCUCCGCGAGAAGAGCAUCAAAACACGGCAGAGCUGUUUCCUACUGCUCAGCGAAUUGGUGAACGUAUUGCCCGGUGCUCUCACCGAACACAUCUCGAACCUGAUCCCCGGCAUACUCUACUCAUUGAGUGACAAGAAUUCGAGUUCAAACAUGAAGAUCGAUACGUUGGCCUUCUUGAACACUGUGCUCAAGAAUCACAGCCCAGAGGUGUUCCACAAACACAUUCACAUACUCUUGCCGGCGGUGAUC